AUGUCAGCGGCGCUGCGGCGCGCGCUGUGGGGCCGCGGGGCCGCGGCGGCGGCGGCCUCCGCUCUCCGGGGUCCAUGCAGGUCAUUGAGCACUUCCACAUGGAGGUUGGCACAGGACCAGACUCGAGACGCGCAGCUCAUAACAGUUGAUGAAAAAUUGGACAUCACCACCUUAACCGGCGUCCCCGAGGAGCACAUCAAGACCCGGAAAGUCCGGAUCUUCGUCGCCGCGCGCAACAACAUGCAGUCCGGGGUGAACAACACCAAGAAGUGGAGGCUGGAGUUCGACACCAGGGAGCGCUGGGAGAACCCUCUGAUGGGCUGGGCGUCCACGGCUGAUCCUUUGUCCAACAUGGUUCUAACCUUCAGCACCAAAGAAGAUGCCAUGGCCUUCGCAGAGAAAAAUGGAUGGAGCUAUGACGUUGAAGAGAGGAAGGUUCCGAAACCCAAGUCCAAGUCUUAUGGCGCAAACUUUUCUUGGAACAAAAGAACAAGAGUGUCCACAAAGUAG